AUGGCAGCCGCCUCGCCGCAGGGUCAAGAAGGCUGCAAGCAGGAGAAAAGGGCGCAAAGCUCGGGCCCCGCCGCCGUUGGAGGGGUAUGGGGCAGGGGCGCGCAUGCGGCCAGCCCGUGGUGCUCGCCUCCCACUACUGGGGCGUGGAGACCCGCGAGGGGGCGCGGGACGACAGGGACCAGGAGGGCCGGCGAGGGGGAGGCCCGGGCGGCGGCGGCCGCCGCCGCAGCUGCCGAGGCGGCAGCCCCCGCCGAGGGGCCGCACACCCAGGCGGAGGCCGAGGAGGUGCGGGCCGCGAGGAGGCCGCCCACGCCGCGAAGAGGCGUUGAGGAGGACGAGGAGGCGGAAGAGGACGACGAGGCCAUCGUCUUCGGGAGCUUCGGACUCUCGACGGUGCCACGCGAGGCGGGCGAAGCUAAGUCUUCUGCCCCCUUGCAGGACAGCGAGGGCCGCAGCAGGGCGCCCGCGGGGACCCAGCUGUCGCAGACGCCCUCUCCGGCACCGGCCGCGAAGCCGACGUCUGGCGCCGGUUGGCAGCCGAACCAGGUGGUGCGCUACGUCUGGGGCCAGCUGGCGCAGACGCCCUGCAAGAGGGAGCUGCCGCUCGACAGGGGCGCCAGCGAGAUCAGCACGGCGGGGGCCACAUCGAGCGCAGGAACGCCACAGAGGCGGGGCUUGUGGGUGUCGUCUGCUGCCUCGACGUCCCCCACGUCGGACAGCGACAGGCUCGGGAGGGCGUGCUUCCGGGCCGUGGUCCGCAACACGUUCAUCGACGUGGAGCAGCGGAGCGACUGCGCCACGCCCGGAUCCCGAACGUCGAGAUCGCUGAGCCCCUCGCUCUUCCGCCGGGAACCGCGGGCGGCCUCGGAGGU